UAGUAUGAAAACACCCCAAGUAGCUGCUGUGAACAAUGGAGCGUUGGGCGGGAAGAGUGGCAUUAGUUACUGGUGCAUCGGCGGGUAUAGGAGCUGCUCUGACUCGUAAACUAGUGAAAGAUGGCAUGAAGGUAGCAGUAUGCGCCCGGAGACUGGACCGUCUUGAGGCGCUACGUGAUGAACUGAAGGGCGAGCCAGGGGCUGUUCUACCGAUACAGUGUGACUUGCGCAAAGAGGACGAGAUUCUCGCCAUGUUCGAGAAGAUCAAAGUGACGUGGGGUGGAGUGGAUGUUUGCGUCAACAACGCGGGGAUGAACCGGAACGCUCCGUUAUUGUCUGGGAGCACAGAUGACUGGAGACAUAUCAUCGAUGUGAAUGUCCUAGCCCUUUGUAUAUGUACACGAGAGGCAGUUAAGUCCAUGCAAGAACGAGGCGUAGAUGACGGCCACAUCAUUAAUAUCAAUAGCACUCUUGGCCAUAAGGUUGGCAACUUCCCAGCAUUUCAUUUCCUGAUGGGGUCAAAGUUCAGCGUGACGGCCUUGACCCAAGGAACCCGCAAUGAACUCAAGGGAUUGAAGUCUCAUAUCCGAGCAAGCUCCAUCAGCCCGGGCAUUGUGAAAACGGAAGCAUUGGCCUUGUCUUUCCCGGAUCAGCCAGAGCUCGUGAAGCACAUCCAUUAUUCCACCAAGCGUAUGGAAGCUGAUGACGUUGCGGAUGCCGUAAUCUAUGCCCUGUCAGCACCCCCGCAUGUACAGGUGGAAGAAGUCACAGUUGCAGGAACUGAAGACGAGUGAUGGACUGGUUGGCUCUGCUGGACUGGUACCUUUUACAGGCAGCAGGACGCACAUGUGACAAAAAUAUAAAAAAGAUAGCACUGCAGCGCGGCACAAUGACACAGUAUGGUCAAUCCCUUAAGUGUUUUACGCACCGCAGACAUUCUACCCCACACCAAUACAGUCUCAGGUUCGAAUCCAGAACUCAAUAGUGUGCUGCAUCGAAAAAUCCGUCAGGAUGUCAGGUACCUGACGAAUGAUAGUGUACUAUUUCGCGUACUUCUGUUUUCACAACCCACAACACGAUAUCGGACCAACAUACAGCAUGUGAAACAUUCUGAAACAUUGUAGAACUUUACUCUCCAGAAAAUAAAUAAAUACUACAAUCAGUGAACUAAAUGGUUUCAUUGAUGUCAAAGGUAGGCUAGUAUAAAGU